AUGGGCCACCAUAUGCAGACCAAAUUCUUACAUUUAGUGCCUGCCUCAGCCACCCUUUCUCGCAUUUGGCACCUUGGCUGUAAGUCCAAGUGGUGUGUAAAUCAACAGGUGGGCAGGGCUUCCCCAUACCUGUGUAAGGUCAACUACCUCAUCAUUAAGUUUGAAUAUCCAUUUCCAACUUGUGCUCAAAAGCUCAAUUCUGUGAAAAGAACUUCAGGUUUAUGUGUUAGGAAAAAUCCAGAAGCAGAAUUAAAGAAUGUGAACAAAAAGAUAUCUGACAUCACUAGGGAGAUUCAAGUUCUUGAAGGUCGUAAACAACAUUGGUUAAGAAAGAGAGAAACUGAAGGAUGCAAUUCAACAACAAGUUCUGCUCUCUUAGCACAAAAGGACUGGGAAAGGCAAGAUUUCCCAUGGUCGUCCAAGUUAGAUGAGAUUAGGAAUUCAGUAUUCCGCAUCUCUGAGUUCCGUCCUUAUCAGCUACCUACUAUGAAUGCCACUCUUUCUGGUACUGACUGUAUUCUUAUCAUGCCCACGGGUGGAGGGAAAAGUCUGUGCUACCAGUUGCCAGCUCUUAUUUGUAAAGGUAUUUCAUUGGUAGUGUCACCUUUGGUGUCUCUAAUGGAGGAUCAGAUAAUGGGUCUGAGAGCUGUUGGAGUAGAUGCUCGAAUGCUGUCUGCAGAAACGCCAAAAGAAGAAGUUAAUUUGGUUUACACAGCAAUGACAGAUCCAAAAGGCCCAGUCAAGCUGCUUUAUGUGACUCCUGAGAGGCUUGCCAAGUCAAAACGAUUUAUGGCGAAAGUACAGAAGAUGCAUCAAAUGGGUCUAUUUGCUCGUUUGGCUAUCGAUGAAGUUCAUUGUUGUUCGCAGUGGGGACACGAUUUCAGACCAGAUUACAAAUUUCUGGGGGUGAUGCGUAAGAUGUUUCCAGAUGUACCCAUUUUAGGGUUGACAGCAACAGCUACUUCUCGCGUAAUUAUAGAUGUUCAGAAGAUUCUCAAUAUGCAGGGGUGCUUGAUUCUCAAAGCUUCUUUCAAUAGACCCAAUCUCUUUUAUGAGGUACGUCCAAAACCUUCUUCUCCAAGCGAGUGUAUUGACGAGUUGGAAAAACUACUUAAAGGGGAAUUCAAAGGCUAUUCUGGAAUUAUUUAUGCCCUUUCUAUAAAAGACACUGAAGAGCUGGCAAAAGAAUUGCGGGCCCGUGAUGUAAAGGUGGCUCCAUAUCAUGCAAUGCUGGAAGCUGAAUCAAGAAGUAAAAUACAUCGAAAAUGGGUGGAAAAUUUUUACCAGGUUGUUGUUGCAACAAUUGCUUUUGGGAUGGGCAUAGACAAACCUGAUGUUCGAUUUGUGAUCCACCAUUGCAUAUCCAAGUCUAUGGAGAACUUCUACCAGGAGAGUGGCAGAGCAGGAAGAGAUGGUAAACCUGCAAAAUGUCUUGUCUUUUGGAGAUAUGCAGACUUUGCAAGGCAAAGCACAAUGGUUUUUACGGAACAGACUGGCCUGGAGAACCUCUAUGGACUGAUAAGCUAUUGUCUGGAUGGUAACAGGUGUCGGAGGAAUGUCAUUGCUGAACACUUUGAUGAAAGAUGGGAUGCAUCAGACUGUAAUGGCAUGUGUGACCACUGUCGAACUCCAAGAGAAACAAAAAAUUUAGAUCUUAGAGUAUUUAGUGAGCAGCUUUUGAUGAUCCUAACAAAAGCAUUAAGUAAAAACCAGAGACUCACAGGUCAAAAACUUGUUGACGCAUGGCUGGGCAAGGGUGCCAAAGAUGCAAGAGUGCAAGAAGCCAUUACUAAGGAUCUGAGUCGUGACAGAGCAGAAAAUAUUGUGGCAUUUCUCAUAUUAGAUGGGUUCUUGAAGGAAGAUUUCCAUUUUACUCCUUACAGCACCAUCAGCUAUAUCAUCGCAGGCCCCAAGGCAGAGAUGGGACUGUCCCCAAGUGCAAUGGCUGUUGGAGGAACAAGGAAAGAUGUUAGUUAUGGGGAUUCUAAUUUAAGGGCUUUGUUGAGACAGAAUGAAGGUGAAGGCUGCAGUAAUGGUGGCAGUAACCAGAGAGUUCAAAUUAAAAGUGAAGAUGAAGGAAGGACUACUAAAAACCGGGAUGUGCUUCAACGUCCGCAAUCACAACUUGUUACAAGCAGCUCAAAAAAGAACAAGAAAGAAAACAGCAGUACUAGUGGUAGUCAAAGUAGCAGCAGUGGUCAUAAAAGUAGGAGUAAUAACAGCUCUGUGUCAAAAUCUUUUCACAUGUCCAAGAAAGAGGGUGAAAACUCAAAUGAUCAAGUCAGAAAGAAGCAAAGAACAGAAGAUGACAGUGGAAGUACAAAUCAUAACCAUUCAGAGAAAAGUACUAGUGAGUUAUCCAGGGAGUUAAGUGAAGCAGAAGAAAACGAGAAGUUUUCAAAUGACAGUGAACUGGGUUCAUCCAAAAGAAAAAGAAUCAUAACGAUUGAAGACACAAGUGACGAUUCUGACUUUUAGUUAUUACAUAUUCCAAAGUCAGACGAAAUUCAUAAUGUAUUUGAAUAUCAUAAUGAACUUAUCCACAUGUUUUUUAUAUGUCAUGUAUUUCUCUUAAUAAAAAUUGGAAGACUG